AAACCCUAGAACUGAUCUCUUAGGAAUUAGAAUCGCUCUUGAGAUCCCAGGAAAACCCAACACCAGGAUGUAGGCAAUUGGGUAAUACGCAUCUGGGCUUUGCGGAUGACUUAUUAGUCUUCACUGACGGUUCUGAUAGCUCCCUGUAGGCUUUGAUGCGAGUGCUUAGCGAAUUCGAUGAGAAGUCAGGAUUGUAUAUCAACAAGUCCAAAUCAAGCCUCUUUGCAGGAGGCUACAACAUGGAUCAGAUCGAGCAUAUGUCAAGAACCACAUGCAUUGAGCACUCUUCUCCCCCAUUUCGGUAUCUAGGAAUCCCCCUCUCAUCCAGGAAACUCUCUUACAAUGAUUGUUCUCCUCUACUUAUGAAAAUCAGAAACAAGAUGGAAUCUUGGUCCACAAAAUCGUUAUCAUUUGCAAGGAGACUGCAACUCCUAAACUCGGUUAUCUCAGGGAUUAUCGGAUAUUGGUGUAGCGCUUUCAUAUUGCCUAAGAGGAUUAUUAAGACAAUUACAUCUCUAUGUUCUGCGUUUUUGUGGAAAGGGAAAACAGAACCAACUAGAGGUGCUAGAGUAGCAUGGGAGAGAAUCACGAAGCCAAAGAAUGAAGGAGGACUUGGAUUAAGAGAUCUCUCUCAAUGGAACGACAUUGCGGCCUUAAAGCUUAUUUGGAGCCUUUUCUUUCGAGCGGGUUCUCUAUGGGUGGGACGGAUACACAGUAAGUAUCUAAGAAGAGCCUCUUUCUGGUCAGUCACUAGCAAGUCGACACAAUCUUGGACGUUCAGAAAAUUGCUCAAGCUUAGAAACUAGGCAUCAUCCUUUUUUCGGUACCGUGUUGGGAAUGGAUAUGGAACCAGGUUUUGGUUUGAUCCAUGGACGCCCAUGGGUCCGCUGAUCACGUUUCUUGGUCGAGGGGGGCCAACGCUAAUGGGAAUCCCUAUUCAAGCCACAGUUUCUCAAGUGUUCUCUAACGGCUCUUGGUCCAUUGCUCCUCCAAGGUCAGAAAACUCUCUCCGUCUGGCCAUUUAUCUUGCUUCGAUUACCCUUUCUGAUAGUGAGGAUGAGGCAUUAUGGCAAGUGGCAGGGAAGGAGGCGACUCAAUUCUCCAGUACAGAGGUCUGGAAAUCAGUGUGUCACCCUUUUGUUUCUGUAUAUUGGGCUAAUCUUAUUUGGCAUAAGCACCAUAUACCCAAGUUUGCAUUUACUACUUGGCUCGUCAAUCUAGACAGAUGUCCGACUAGGAAUAGAAUGAUCUCAUCGGGAUUACAUGUCGAUCCGAGAUGCUUGCUCUGUCAAGGAAGCGAAGAGACCAGAGAUCAUAUCUUCUUUUCUUGUCCAUACUCAUCUGGAAUUAUUGCUGGCUCGUUAGGAAAACUGAUCCAGAUUCCAGCUAGACUCUCUUGGAAUGAUCUAAUUGCUAGCACUCAGAUUAUCCUCUCCAGAAUUUGCAAGUCUUAGCUUGCAGUUGUGGUUUGGAGCAAUACUCGACCGAUUCUCUUCCCAGAUCCAUCAGAAUAGAAGGAAAUCCUCAUUACUUCUCUUGUAACUGUCUUAUUACUCUUAUUACUCCAUAUGUAAUGAUCGUGAUACUUUCUGUAUUUGUAACUAUGCACUCUUUAAUUAGUAAAUACAAAUCUUUA